AUGAGUUCGAAGACGUCGGUCCGAGCGCCGACGGCCAAGUGGCCACUGAUCGCGGCACUGUCCGUCAUGUCGGCCGCGAUCCUCGUGGCCACGAUCGCGUGGACGGCGACCGGCCACCUGCAAGAGACGUCCACCGAACGCUUCGACGGCACGGCCACAGAACUGGUCAUCGCCGCAAAUGACACGGUCGUCACAGAGUUCGACGACGAUGAUUCGCAAUCUGAUGAAACUCAAACGAUGGCCAUGGUCCCCGAGUCACUUAGAAAAAAAUCAUCAAUGGUGGAUACGUCGGAUACCAGCCGGUUCGAACGAGAAUACGUAAAGCCAAUCAAGUCAAUACCCGAAUCGUUGCACACACACGAUAUUCUUUAUGGCGGUGACCAAAACAGACUCGAUCGAGAAAAACUUGUUAAACACCAUUCUGGGCAAUAUCGACACAAGACAGCAUUUAUAUGGGAUCCUCAUCCUCAAUACAAGUUUACGGCAUUUGGACAUUUAUUUCAUUUGGUGCUUAUUCAAGACUCCAAGUUCGUUUCUCCCGAUAUCAAAAUUACUCGUGUGAAGUACAACGAGACAUGGAGAGAACCACCCAAUGUGAAGGUUAAUGGAUGUUUCUAUUCAGGAAACGUGUCUGGUGAACCUGACUCGGUCGUUUCCGUAAGCCUUUGCGAUGGAAUUACAGGAUACAUUCGCACAACCACUGGCAAUUACUUUAUAGAGCCCGCAGAGACGACAGACGACCACGUGACUCCGGCAUUACACACCAUUUACCGGGCCGGUCAGUUGGCCGAGGGUGACAAGUUGCCCGGGCAAACGCAACAAUCGCAUCAACCCGAGAAAAAUUGCGGAGUACAAGACAACGGUGAUUCGGAUACCAUCUCUGACGACGAUAGUGCAACGUCCGAAGUCAGACAGUUUAUUGUUGGCGACGGCGGUCCGAACCGUUUGACCGAAAAUGAUAUAUUUUCGAGCUCCACCGGUUUGCCGUACACUAAAAAACCCAGAAACAAGCGAUCGCUGACUUCGGAAUACGUCGUAGAACUAAUGGUCGUCGCUGACAAGAAAAUGGCCGAAUACCACGGGAAGGAGCUUCACAAUUACGUGCUCACCCUCAUGUCGAUCGUAUCAAAGAUAUACAAGGACAAGAGCAUAGGGAACCCGAUGCACAUAGCCGUGGUCAAGUUGGUCGUCUUGAGAGAUGUGCAUUUCGUCGAAAACCGUAGUCGCAUGGGCGGUAUCGCGGCUGCAGACAUGUUGCACAGAUUUUGCGAAUGGCAAACUCACCACAACGACGAGAACGAUUCCAGCUCAAACCACCACGAUUCCGCUCUACUAUUGACCAGAGAACACGUCUGUCGAAAUCAUAAUCAGAAGAAAUGUGAUAACACCCUCGGAUUGGCACAGUUAGGAACUAUGUGCAAUGUCAAUAGUUGCGCAAUCGUACAGGACAACGGGCUGAGCGCUGCAUUUACAAUUGCCCACGAAUUAGGACACGUGUUGAAUAUGCCACACGACGAUGACAAUAAAUGUAAAGAUUUUGUACAGCAAGACGGAAUGCAUAACGUCAUGUCAAGAAUGUUGGAUCACAACUCGCAUCCGUGGACCUGGUCGGCUUGCAGCCGACACUUUUUGACAGAGUAUUUGGAGGCUGGAAACGGUAAAUGUCUUCAAGACGAUCCCAGUAAAGAUUAUCUCGAGAUCGAAAAUCAGACAAACGAAAAACAUUUUCCCGGCGAAAACUAUUCGGGAGACAAACAAUGCGAGUUGAUUUACGGGUCCGGAUCAAAAAUAUGUUCUUAUAUGCCGGUGUGUCAGAGAUUAUGGUGUACCACUGGUUCCGGGGAGAAAGAUGGCUGCCGUACACAACACAUGCCUUGGGCGGAUGGAACACAAUGCUGGAGCAGUAAAAACUGGUGUCAGCAAGGGAAAUGUGUGCCCAAAGAUCGAAAUGCGUUAAAACCAGUCGAUGGCGGUUGGGGAUCUUGGCAACCUUAUGGCGAAUGUACGAGAACGUGUGGUGGAGGUGUGAAGAAGAGUUACAGAGAUUGUACCGACCCACCGCCGUCGAAUGGCGGAAAAUAUUGUACCGGGAAACGAGUUCGAGUGCGAAGUUGUGCGACGAGCGACUGUCCGCCUGGCACUCCGGAUUUCCGCGGUGAACAGUGUGCAAUGUUCAACAACAAGACGUUUAACAUAGCAGACCUCGAGCCGGACGUUCAGUGGCUUCCAAAGUACGGCGGAUACGACGAAGAACGGUGCAGGCUGUUCUGCCGCGUGGCCGCGUCCACCGCUUACUAUCAGCUAAAGGAGAAGGUGGUGGACGGUACGCCGUGCGCCCCGGACAAGUACGACAUAUGCGUGAACGGUAUGUGCGAGAAGGCGGGCUGCGACCACGCGCUGGGCUCGGACAGCCAGCUGGACCUGUGCGGCGUGUGCGGCGGCAACAAUUCCAGCUGCCAACAGGUGGCCGGCACGCACAACAGCAGCUCGCCGAACGGCUACUCGAAGGUGUUGCGCAUCCCGGCCGGGUCGUCCAACCUGGACAUCCGGCAACACGGCCACAACGGGUCCAGCAAGGACGACAAUUACCUGGCGCUGGUGGACAGCGUGACCGGCGAGUACGUACUCAACGGCAACUACGUGCUGAGCACGUUCAACAAGGUCAUCGUGUACGGCGGCACGACCAUCGAGUACAGCGGGUCGGACGCGCCCGUCGAGCGCAUCAACUCGUCCAGGCCGCUCAACAAGGACGUCACCGUCGAGUUGUUGUCCAUUGGAAACUCGUACGCUCCGGAUAUUGAAUACCAAUACACAGUGAUGCGAGACAAACGGGACGUCUACGUAUGGGCAUUGACCGACGAAUGGGGACAGUGCGAUAAGAUGUGCUCGGGUGAACAGACGAAGAUUUACGUGUGCGUCAGAAAAGAAACCGGCGAGGAAGCCCGAGGGUAUUGUAGCGAACACGACGCACCCCGCACGAAAAAGCAACCGUGCAAUCUCCACUGCACCAUCAAAUGGAAGACAGUAAGUCAGUCUGAAUGUUCUGCUCAGUGUGGCCCAGGCACACGGACCCAGAGCGUUGCGUGCGUUCAGGAGCACGACAAACGAACACCCUCUCAAAUAUCGGACACUAUGUGUUCUCAUUUACCAAAACCUGCCAAUACUAUUCCUUGUGACGGAAAAUGUUUGGAAUCAAGAUGGUCGUUCACAGAAUGGACUCCUUGUUCUAAGACCUGCGGGUCAGGCGUUCAGCACAGGGAAGCACGCUGUGUAAAUGACAAUGGUGAACCGAGAGACGAAACGUCGUGCAAUGACAGCGAGAAAAUAAUUACCCGAGUGUGUGGGACAGAUAAAUGUCCUCAGUGGUCCGCCGGAGAAUGGUCAUCGUGUUCGGUGACUUGUGGCGAAGGACAAAUCGAGCGUUCCGUGUGGUGCCGUAUGGACAACGGUAGGGUGUUAGCUGCAGAAUAUUGUGGUUCAAAUAUGCCAGCCACCAAAGAAACGUGUUCUAUGAAGCCAUGUCCAGCCUGGACAACAGGUCUUUGGUCUCAGUGUUCUGUUACAUGUGGCGUUGGUAUAGUGAGGCGUAUGGUGCGAUGUAAUGUACCAGACGAAUCUGCAUGUGCAUUGAUCGCGAAACCACUCGAAGAAGAAAAAUGCACUUUACACCCAUGUCCGGCAGGUGUCGAUGACGAGAUACACGAAAAUGAAAUUCUGAGUAAUGGACAUGACACAAACUUAAUACAGAGCAACAAGUUCUAUACAUGGCGAACAGACCACUGGUCAAGUUGCUCGGCGUCGUGUGGCAAUGGUUACAGAAGGCGAACCAUUGACUGCAUAAAUACGAUCAGUGCCAAGCCAGUUUCGUGGAACCUUUGCAAGUCAAAAAACCAACCGAAACGCGUCGAAGUGUGUACAGCUCCGAUGUGCGUUACGUGGCGGGCCGACGAAUGGAAAGAAUGUUCGGCCGAAUGUGGCAAAGGUUUUGAGGAGCGCGAGGUGACUUGUGUGUCCUCGGCCAGUGGUAAACUCGUGGACGAAACCCACUGCGUGGUGCACAGAGAAAAACCCGAAGCCCGAAGGUUGUGCGAGAGCCAUAAAAGCUGUAAGCCGGCGUCGACGUGGAGAACAGGAUCGUGGGGAGAAUGUUCAGAAGUGUGCGGAGGUGGCAUAAAAGAAAGGAAAGUGGUAUGUCAACCGUUUGACGGGGCAAGAGAACUAUUCGACGAAGAAAUGUGCGUGGAACCUAAACCGUCGACUUCAAUUCCUUGUAACGAACAUCCGUGUAAAGGUCAACCGUCGUACGUGACGAUAGCUUGGAACUUCGGGGAGUGGUCAAAGUGCAACGUGACGUGUGGCAAGGGACACCAACAUAGGCAGGUGCAGUGCCAGAACAACGAAGGUGUCAUACUGGCGGCUGUGCAGUGCGACGGACUGGUAAGACCGGCGGCCGAGCAACCGUGCCGGACGUUCGUGCCGUGCGCCAGACCGACCACUGCGGCCACCACCACCACCACGACAACGGCCACGACGACGACGACGGCGAUGGCCACGACGGCGUACAGAUGGAAGACUUCGCAGUGGUCGGCUUGUUCGGUGACGUGCGGCCCGGGCACUCAGAACAGGCGGGUGAGCUGCAGGCGGCACGGCGCCGAUCCGGGGGGCAGGGAUACGGCGGCCGACGACCAGAGGUGCGACGCGGCCGCGGGCCGACCACCGGCCGCGCAGAGACCGUGUCCGCAACAGCGGCCCUGCGUCUUCGCGACGUCGGUGGCGGCCACCGCAGCUGCGGCCACGGCCGCGGUAGACGAUUACGGCUGGCUGCCGGACGUGUGGCGCGAGUGUUCGCACUCGUGCGGCAAGAAGGGCCGGCAGACGAGGCGGGUGUUCUGCUUCCACAGGGCGGCCGCCAAGAAGGUGCGCCGCAAGCACUGCGACUGGGCCGCCCGUCCGCCCAGGAAGCGCAAGUGCAACCAGCGCCGAUGCGCCGGUCACGCGUCCUGCGCCGACGUCCUGCACAAACAAUCGCCGCAGGCCGCAGCCGCCCUCGUCGACAAGGAUUACGUGAUCAACGUGCUCGGGCGGAACGUGUCCGUCUACUGUCACGGCAUGCGGUCCGGCAAUCCCGUCGAGUAUCUGACCUUGUCCAAGGACACCGAAAACUAUUCCGAGAUCUACGAACAGAGACUCAAAGACCCGAGCACGUGUCCGUUCAACGGCGAACGCCGUCAAAACUGUCCGUGCGACAACGUGCCAGUGCCGUCGUCUGGACUCACCGUGUUCCUGAAGAUCCGUCUGAACAUCACUUCGUUGAGGGUCGAUUCAAAGGAUUAUACGUUCUCCAAACAAAUCAAAGGCAGACCCGUGCCCUUUGGUGAAGCCGGCGACUGUUACAGCAACUCGAAGAGGGGUUGUCCGCAGGGAAGGUUCAGCAUCGACUUGUCGGGCACCGGCAUGAGAAUAUCGCACGACACCACUUGGGUGGGCAAAGGGUCGAACACGUCGUUUUGGGUGAACAAGAUUGAGGAAAACAUGAAAAUAGCCGGCAGAUGCGGUGGUUACUGCGGCACGUGCGUGCCGAUGCAAGGGAUAAUAUUGGACGUGGUUACGCCAUAA